AUGCAUGGUGGAAGUCAGGUAAAAGUAAAAGAUGUUAGUCUUAUUGUAGCUAAUAAUCCUUUUGCAGCAGCCCGACUGAACUUUGAACGCAAAGUAUCUAAAACUGACUCGAACAAUUUAUUAAAUACAACAUGUGUAAAUAUCACAAGUUUUAAUAAUGAAGCUGUUGUAGAUGAAGUAUCAAAAGCUGACUCGAACAAUUUAUUAAAUACAACAUGUGUAAAUAUCACAAGUUUUAAUAAUGAAGCUGUUGUAGAUGAAGUUUCUAAUGUUAACUCUGAUUAUGUUACAAUUAAUACAAACUGCAUGAACAAAAGUCCAAGUGAUAUAUCUACUUCAAAGAAUGAUAAUCCUGCACAACCAAUACUCAAUGUCUUCCCAUUAACUAAUGGUAGGUUUUCUGCUGUGUGGUAUAAAUUUAAUUGGAUUGAGUAUUCUAUCACUGAGGAUUUAAUUUAUUGUUUUGCUUAUCGUCAUUUCUUAUCUCUUACAAAUAACCCAGGAAUCGUAUUAGGAAAAAUACCAUUUGUUGAUUAUGGUUUAAAAUGCUGGAAAGAUCCAAACCAAACUUUAAAUAGGCAUAGUAGAAAUAAGAAACAUAUAUUAAGUAUGACUCGUUGGGUGAAUUAUCAUAAUGUUCAACAAAAUAUACAACAAUCGAUUGCUUGCAGUCUGAAUAAAGCCAGACAACAAGAUAUUUAUGAAAAUCGAUUACACAUUCAUUUUUUGUUAAAAUCUGCAUUAUUUCUUGCUAAACAAGGGUUAGCUUUUCGUGGCCACAAUGAGAUGAUUACUUCAAACAACAGGGGCAAUUACUUAGAGUUAUUAGAAACAUUUGCUGAUGAUAAACUUCUAGUUCGCCUACGUUCAAGAUACGGUCAUUAUACUAGUCCUAGUUAUCAGAAUGAUUUGUUAAAGGUACUGGCUGAAUGUACUAAACAAAAUAUUUUAAACAAAAUGACAGUAUUGGGAGCUUUUGCUAUUCUUGUUGAUGAAACAAAAGAUGCUUCCAAAAAAGAACAAUUAAGUUUUGUGUUACGGUUUGUUGGUAAAGACUUUAAUGUUUAUGAGCAUGCUCUAGGAUGUUUUCAUAUGACAAAAUCAACUGCCCAAAGUUUAUCAGACGAAAUAAUAAAAAUUGUAUGUGAAAAUAAAUUGGAUAUCAAUAAAUGUGUAGCUCAAUGCUACGAUGGUGCCAGUGUCAUGAGUGGUUGCUUCACUGGUGUUCAAACAAGAAUACAAUCGAUUGUUCCACAAGCAAUAUAUAUUCAUUGUUAUGCACAUCGUUUGAAUCUUUGUUUAGUGCAUACACUAAGUAGUAUUUCUGCUAUAAAUGAGUUUUUCCAAACAGUACAAGGUAUUUACAAGUUUAUUAUGAAUAGCCAAAACCGCUAUGAGUUAUAUGUUGAAGUACAAAAACAAAAAAAACUAGAAGUAAUUCAUUUAGAAAGAUUGGUAGAAACUCGAUGGGCUUAUUGGUACAAAUCAUUAAAAAAAAUCAAUAUUCGCUUUAAGGAAAUUCGUGAAGUUCUCAAUGUACUAUCAUCAAAAGGUGAUGAAAAAUCUAGAGUGAUGGCAACAGGAUAUCUUGAAGAAAUAUCAUCUCAGAGAUUUAUAUCAAUUUUAAUGUCCGUAGAAUCUUUACUAGAAAUAGUUCACUGUGCAUCAAAUGAAUUACAAAAUAGUAAACUUUUACUUCCUUCAGCUAUUCAAUUAAUAAAUGUAGCCAAACAAAAUUUGUUGAAUAUGCGUUCAAAUGAAGUUUGGGAAAAACUUGAAAAAAAAAUUGUAGUUAAAGCUAAAGAAAAUGAUAUAGAAGUAGACAUUAAGAAGAUCCAAAAAAGAAAGCAAGUACUUAACAAGAACCUUCAAGAUUAAU